ACCACAUGCACGAGUAGAAAACAAAUAAAUAAACAAAAUACUAAAACUUAUUCCAGUCAAAAUGAAUAAUUUCGGAACAUCCCUUGAUUCAUUUAUGAAAGCUAUCAAUCAGCCCCCUGCAAUGAGGCCAAGAAAAAAAAUGAAAAAAAUAAAUGAAUAAAAAAGUUGGAUGAUAGUGAAGAAGAUUUUGUAGGCGCAUGAGCAAUUUGGUAUUUGAAAUAUAGUUAAUGUUUUUGUCAGCUGAGUUGGGGACCUCAUUUUGUUUUUGCAGGACUGCAUAGUAUAGCCAGUCUAUCUCCUUAUGGUCAGUAUUCAUCCAUUGCACAACCCCAUUUUUCGCCUUUCAUCCCACUCUCCUCCUAUCUAUCUAUAUCUUUAAUUUCCCCUUUGGGCAUUUUACCACUACGGAUAUGAAGCAUUUGCAUUUGCUCCUCCUCGCCUUGCUAUGCCUAUGUGCACCACCACCACUCCUUAUCCAAGGGUCCAGAGCUCAAAUGGGACAUGCUAUUACUAUUGCAUCACAAGAUAACCCUAGAAGAUUGCUGAUUGGCUCGGUAGCACCAACGUGCACCUACAACGAGUGCAGAGGGUGCCGGUUUAAGUGCAGAGCCGAGCAAGUUCCCGUGGAAGGCAACGAUCCUAUAAACAGCGCUUAUCACUACAAAUGUGUCUGUCACAGAUAGUAUUUUUGCAUCUUGAUGAGUUUUUGUCCACAUGUAGGAGCAUCAGCCUUUCCUUAUGUUUCUCACACUAUAUUAUUACCACUAAAAAAUAUAGAUUCAUUUUGUCCA